AACUUAAUUAAGUAGGUAUUAUUUAUUCCAGAUGAGUUUGACGAAAAACAAAAAGGUGAAGAUUUAACUCACAAAAUAGCUGGCGACUUCGGGAGAUGGCAGCUUGUUAUCAGUAUUUCAAUGGCUCUGCUCAAGCUUCCAGUAGCUUGGUACCAUAUGAACAUCAUAUUUUUAGCACCACCGCAAGAUUUUUGGUGUAGAAAACCUGAAAUGCUUUUAAACGUAACCGAACAUGAGUGGAGAGAAAUAUUUUUACCGAAAUCCAACAACCACUCCUGUUUUUACGAUGCACCUAUUAUCUCCAAUGAGAGUUUAACAAACAGAAGUGGUACGGCCUCACAAGUUAAUUGCCGUAGCUUUGAUUACGACACCUCUGUCUUUAACCGAACCAUCAUCUCAGAUUGGGAUCUUGUGUGUUCAAACCGCUGGCUUGUCCAUCUUUCACAGAUAGUGCUGAUGCUCGGAAUCCUGCUGGGCGGGAUAUUAUUCGGGGCACUAGCGGAUCGAUACGGCCGAAAACACCCACUAAUGGCUGCCAUUAUUAUUCAAAGUGUUUGCGGAUUCUCUUCAGGCACUUUGUCGAUAUUUUGGGUAUUUCUGCUCAAUAGAUUUGUAUUGGCUUUAUCGACAGGUGGAAUUGCCGUCAUGGCCUUUGUUUUAUGUAUGGAGGUAGUGAGUGGUAAAUGGCGAACUAUUGUACCAGUGUUAUGUCAAUUGCCAUUUGGUCUCGGAGCAGCCAUAAUGUCAGGAAUGGCGUAUUGGUGGAGGGAUUGGCGAAAGCUCGAGUUCAGUCUGGGGUGCCUGUCGUCUCUAUACGUGUUGUACUGGUUCUGGAUACCAGAAUCUCCCAGGUGGUUGCUGGCUACGGGACAGACAGAAAAAGCCUUAGGAGUACUACGAGACGCAGCAAAGAAGAAUAAAAGACCGUUCAAUAUUAAUGAUGUGAACUUACUGCUGCAGCAGAAAGCUCCGGCUACGGAUCAACCUCGUUUCACUGCGUUUCUCAAGUCUCCAAAUAUGAGAAGAAAAACAUUUUUACUCUCCUUGAACUGGCUAGUUACAGGCAUAGCUUAUUACACGUUCGCGCAAUACCUCGGGGCAUUAGGAGACAAUAUAUUCCUGACAGUAGCCACCAGCGGGGUCAUAUCAACUCCAGGAGCCAUCAUCAGCAUAUACGUCCUGGCCAAACUCGGUAGAAAGGCCACGAUUGGUGGAUUUCAGUUGUUAACGUGUCUGUGUUUUGUUUUAUUGUUGGUGGUACCGAAGAACUUGUACGUUAACGACUGGCCGAGGCUACUGUGUGCUGGCGUUGGCAUGGCUGGGAUGGCUGGUUCCAUCCCAGCUUUGUACCUGUUUACCGCAGAACUGUAUCCAACAAUAGGGCGCAACGUGGGAGUCGGCGGUGUGUCAAUAUUCGCUCGAGUGGGCUCCAUGAUAGCUCCAUUGUUCGUCGGCCUGGAUGAAAUAAUGGAAAACCUCACCUUGAUUGUGUUGGCUUGUAUGUCACUGGCACAGAUACUGCUGGUUGUGCCGCUACCGGAUACGAGGGGAUAUCCCUUGCCAGCUACUUUGGAAGAAGCUGAAGGAUUUACAAGACGUCAGCGAAAAGAUUAUUUUAAAGAGCAGAAAGACAAGAACCAUCAAUCAGAAACUUUGCCAACCGUGUAUUAAGCAGGUAUAUCCGUGUAUGAAGUUAUAGAAGAAAUGGUAGAAAAUAAAAUCUCAUUUAUAUUUACCUAUGAUUGAAGAUAAUUUAUUGAAGCAUCCGUAGUCGAGCGGACUUCAGUGAU